UAUGACGUAUGGUUGACUGCUGUGUCUGUCAACCCACUUCGCUUGCCUGGAAGUGGGUGGUUGUUCCUGGAUUCGAGACAGUCAACUUUCUGUUUUAGGGAUAGGUAGGAAAAAAUUUUUUAAUCAUCUGGUGGGAAUUUAACCGGAAAGCUGUUUCGAACAACUUAACUCGAGGCUUGGUUUAUACAGUGCUGCACAGAAAAUGUUUCUAUCAUUUAGUUCUCAGAGUAGCUGAUGUUCAUUUGAUUCCAAAUUUAAUGAAGUAGAAACCUUUUAAUGUGACAACAUGAGUGCAGUAGAAGAUGCAGUUUCUAACGAUUCAGUAUUUACUCAGCAAAAUGGUGAUGUCUACAACAAACACAAAGCCACUACUGAGAAGAUCAAGUCAGUGCAUGAGAACCCCUUUUACAAACAACUUGGAAUUAAGCACAGCGUUCCACCACAUAGACCUAGUUACAGGUCAGAUUCUUCCGACAUUUAUAGGCAAGACAAGCAAGUUUCUAAUGGUCACCUAGUAAAAGAGGAUGAUGAAGAUGAUAAAGUUGAGUAUCGACCAGGCUCCGGGUUUGUUACCAGACUAUUGGGUAAAUUUACCUCCCUUACAGCCAAGGAGGAAUCAGCCAGCAGUGCUUCACACACAUACUUAAAAAGGUUUUCAAGUUUAGAUGAACUAUCUGCUGAUGAUGUUUCUAAACAUAAAUCUGUUACUUUCAAAGAACCGACUUAUGUAGAGAAACCCUCCUCAUUGAGCACUUCAAAGCUUUCCCGUGCUCACAAAUCAGGUAGUGUAGACUGUUUAAAUCAUGCACACCGCCGGUCCAAUCAACUACAAAGCAAUGUUGAUUCCAAGUGGAAUAGCAAUAAGCCAUCAGGCACAAGUAAGUUCUCAAGAGAUUCACAUAUAGAAGCACCAGAUGUUGACUUAGCUCGAGAUGAUAUUAUAAUUAUAGAAAGAACACCCCCUGUUCCUACAUUAAAAGACUCCAGCAAUGACUCCACCGAUGGCUUACAGUCCCAGUCAAGCCAUCACGAAGAUCACGCAGAUGAAUUUCCAAAACCAAACACUGUUUCGCAUGUUCGGAAUAUAUUUGAAAAUGCAUCAACGAAUGCUGCAAAUGAUUUGUAUGCAAGGAGACGUAGACCAGACUCUUCAUCCUCGGCUGUUGCAUUGAGUCUACAAACAGAUGCCAGCAUUGCUGUUUCAUCAAAUCAAGACAAUGCUCAUGGUAGAUUUGGGGUUUCAAGCCCCUCCCCAGUAACUUCUCCCCGAAUAUGUAGUCCAGAUUUACACGCUAAACCAGUCUUGCUUCCCAGUAGCUCUGUGGUCUCUAAACCCUUUGAACACCCCAGGCGGCCAUCUGAUUCCUCGACCCAUUUGCCAUACAGCAGUAAAACUGAGGAUCAAAAGCUCACUGCCACCGUUGCCUCCAAUGUUCAGAGUUCCAGUAUCCGUGCAUCCGUCAAAGAUGCAGCCCCUAGUUCCAAUGACACAUCGACUAAUGUCAUAGACUCUACAGUAGAGUCAGUGCCAGAUUCUAAAUCAACAACUGUAGAGCGAAAUAAUUAUUUCAGUACUGGUCGUCCUACGCCUACACCACGCAACACAGCCAGCAUUAAACCUACCAUAGUGAAUAGACCCAGCUCAGCUGUGAAGCCAGUCCCGCUGUCAGCACCAGCUUCAGCUGCCACCAGCUACAAGAAGUCCAGCCCCGUUGUCCCAGUGGCCCCAUUCAAAGACAAGCAAGAUGACGUCAAAGACGACGGUCAGCCAGUUUUAGUUUUCAACAAGUCAAAGCUGAGCCCGCGCAGAGAGAAGGUACAGAGAGUCAAAGAUUACUCCACAGAAAGUAGUGCCCCAAAUAAAACUGAUAGUGUAGAUAAAGAUGUGGCUUCAACAGAGGAAUCAAACAAUAAAAUUUCAUCUACCAGAAAAAGCUACUAUGAGAAAACUGCAGAUGGGCAAAAUUCAGACCAAAGCACAAUAAUUCACAUAAAACAACACACAACUAUUGAAAUCAAGAAAACAGUCAAGCCUGCACCUGCAAGGGAACCGUCUACAAAGUCUUCAGCUCCAACCAAAUCAACCUAUGCACCUAAACCCCGGGAGUCCACAAAACAGACAGUAGCGCCCUUACCCCCUAACAACAUAAAAAACAAUGAACAAGAUAGUUCUGUGCCGGAGACCCCUAGACCCGCACCUGUGGUGAAAGAACCAGUCAACAGUGUGUCACAGGAGACGACACUGAGUAAAAUCAUACAGAAAUCUUCCAUGUCUGAUGAGAAACCCACCCCUCUUGACACUGCUACAGCAUCAGAAACCCAACCAAUCAAAGGCAUUCCCAGUAUAAUAGCUCAGAGGUUACGACUCCAGAAUUCAGACCCAAGUCAAGUCGCAGACGAUGUUGUCAGUUCCACUGACAUGGUUGAUGGCAGUAGGAAAGCAAAACACGACGAGACACCUGUCACUGACGACUCACCAUCACCGAGAAAACGCCUCACCCCCACCACCACCACACCCGUCCAGUCCACUUCCUCUUCUAGUAAAGACAACAUCAGCUCUGAAAUUGAAAAUGAAAUUGCUGCCGUGCGGAAAAAAAUGGAGGGCAACCGCUCAAAAUCUACAUCAGUAUCUCAGAUCUUCGACAGCAGUCAGUUGUCGAAGAAGAGGAAGGAGAACCAGAAGCAGAGGGUGUCAGCACAAGGGUUAGUUCCUCCUUUGGAUUUAUCUGGAAUAACAGACGACCAGUCUGAUUUUUACCAGCCUGCACAGCGAGAGAUAAAGCCGUGUAACAUUAAGUUUAUUGGGGAGAAUGCCAAAACAUCCAGGUCUCUCUUGACCAGAAAUCGUAAGAUAAAGGUCAGCAUUCACUUCAAUGAUUCCAAAACUGAAACAUUUGAAUAUCCAUCAGAGGAAUAUGCAUUAGAAAAAUAUUUAGAGGAACACCCGAAUGAGACAGCAGAAAUCCUCAUCUUUGACACGGGCUCAGGGGACAAUGGGGAGUCUAGCGAUGAUGUGGGUGAUGACAUAAUGCAGACACCAAGGACUGGUGAGGACGAGGUGCUGAGGUCCAACACUGCCCUCUCACAUACAGGCAAUCUCCAGUCCUACAGAGGCCGGUAUCAGGAAGACUAUCAGUUUGGUGCAGCCAUUAAAGAUCCAGAGCCCAUCAUCAAGCCACUGGAGGUUGUGGAAGACCCUGACUCUCUCAUGCUUCGUCCAGCAGAGGACGACACCAACACAUGGUCAACAAACAGCUCCUCAGAUCUACUGUUUUAGUUGAAGACCACGAAUUCCUUGACCUACCUGUACAGACACCUCCUUGACCAGGCCAAGCUAUUGUACCAAUUUACUGGUAUCACUUUUGGUAGCAUGGCAUAUACAAGGAGUUAAUUAUCCACCUUUAGCCACUGAGAAUGUCUGUAGAAAGCUGCUAUCGUGAUCAUCUCAUCAAGACAUUGGUGUAACUUGGUCUGUUUUCACAUAGUUUGUGCUCGCAAUUAUUUAUUCUCAUUAGCUCUAGAUUGAAAUUCAAGUUGGCUAACUUUCGACUUAACAGGAGAAACCUGGCCACAACAGUGUGCUUCAGCUGUUUCUUUGUGUAUAAUGUUCAGUGUGUGUACAUCUACAUAUGGAGCCCAGUGUGUUAAAUAGUACAACUGAAAAUACCGGUAAGAACUGUUGUCAACAAUAUAGCAGCAUUAAAAGGGAGGAAAUUUGAAAACUUGCCUUAACAGACAGGAUUACGAAUACAGUCACACCAGAUAGAGUCACGCCAUCUGGAAAUACGGCAACUGCUGAUCACAACUUUUUUGUGUACAUAGCUUUUUUAUUUUCUCUGUUGUCUCUCAUCUGUUUGGUAGUGUGAUAACAUUGUCUCUUUUAAAAUACUUUAUUUUAUUUAUAGUAUGGUGCAAUUACCAUGGGGGUGGAUGGCUAGCAAGGUUUACUCAAAAGAUCUCUCCAUAUUCACACCACUGAUUGUUCCAUAAAAUUUCAUUAAACGAUUACUUCAAACUUUUAUGACUGUUUUAUAGUGUUAAUGUAUUCCAAUUAAAGAUUACUUAAAACUGUUUUCAAAAGCUUCUCAAGGUUAAGAAAUAGGAUUUCUGUAUGUUUUACUUUAUUCUCAUUAAACUUAUUAUAAUGUGACCAAUUAAUAGUUUAGACUAAUCGUUAAUGACAUCAAUCUGUUUAAUAUUAACUCUGGAUUAUCAACAGGAGGCUAUUUAAGUCAUAUUAUAGCCUGUGAUGUUUUUAAUAAACUAUUAUUACUACAAGCUAAGCAGACCAAAUCUUUCACUUGUAUACAGUAAUUUUAACAAAAGAUACAUUCUAUUUUUGUAAGAACCAAUUUGUACAUUUUAUGUUUUUUGACUCUCACAAAAAAAUCUAUUGUACAAUUUUCUUUGUUAAAGUUGUUUAAAAUAGUACUUGUAUGGAUCUAUUAUGAUUGUUGUUGUAUUGAUGAAGUACGCAGUUAGGCUGCUGGCAGCUCUCAUUGUUGUAAUAUAACAGCCCUGUGUGACACUCACAAACUGUGUGACUCACACUAGUUGACACACUGUGUGCACAUUUUUUAGUGGCCAAGAAACUGAUGCACACAGCUUGUGACUGGCUUGUCACUUUUAAAGAACAAAUUAUUUUUCUGUAUGAACAAAGUUUGUGUUUGAUAAUUUUUUUUUUUUUACACUGGUGGGUGCGCAGGAGCUGUGUUGUUAAUAGAAGCUUCUCUUUUUAUUUUGUAACCGGUCAGAAGUCAUUUUAAAACUGAUCACUGUAUUCUUGAUUAAUACCAGCGGUGGGAAAGUUUGUUAAAAAUGUGUUUUCAAUUAUAAAACGUUGAAAGGUGGUGCAUGGUUAGAAAACACAGGGUAAUGGCAAACACAUUGGUGCUGGGUGAUUGUAAGGUAGUAGAUACAGGGUUGCAUGCUAGCACAUACAGGGGUUUAAAGAUAUGCAACCAUGUUAUAGCUUGACUUUAAUGUCAGUGUGGUCAAACGUUUUCUUGUAUUGGUUAGUGAAGUUUUCAUUUCUAUUCUCAUAACUGCUAUCAUAAAUCAGGUCUCUAAAAGUUUGUAGAUCAUCUCAACUAUUUCAUUUUUGUUUUUAAUGUGGUAAAAAUUAAACCUUCUAUAGUUAACUGUAGUUUUUAUUUUUAAUGUUUAGCUACAGUAAAACCUUAUUCAAAUAACUUUCGUUAUGCAUUAAUAAUAAUUCUUAUGACAGACAGGCAUUUUCUGCCAUAACUGUCAAACGUCUAAACAUCCUAAAGUACUUGUAAGUAACUUUGUUAUUUAGCAAACAUUAAAGAUGAAGUAAAUGUAUGAGUGUUUUUACAUAUACAUGACUUGUUUUAAUUCAUGAAGUUCUUUAGUACUUACCUAAUGGUAUUUAUUUAUUAAUAAAUGCACAUUUGUCAUUUUUCUAUGUUAAUAAACUUUCUGAGUCAGUAUAACAUAAUUGAUUUUAGGUAUUUUGAGGUUAUUCCUUUGUUCAAGUUUCAGCUAGAUUUUUAUGCAACUUAUGCCUUCAAAGUAAAUGAAUGUAAACUUUACAAUCAUGUUAAUGGGAUGCAGAAAAUUUGCAGCAUACUAAAAAUGUUUACAUACAUUCCUGUUUUAUAAUAUUUUACAUCAUUCAGCAUUCAUUCAUCUCUCUGGCACAUAUUGUCUUAGGAUCAUAGACAUUCCAGCACCCAGGCAGAUUCAGGGAUCAACUGUGUGUAUCCACUGUAAACUACACUCGUUAUAUCCUCAAUAUCCUCUCAUACUGAACUUUCUUGUUCUUUUUUUUUAAUCACUUAAUCAUUAGGGGAAUUGUUGAUGAUAUAAAAUUAGAUUACAAAAAGUCAUUACAUGUUAUGACUAAAUAUACGCAUUCUGUUAAAAAAUAGUUAUACAUGUAUAAAUAUAUUGUUCAUUUUUUCAGAAUUUGCAAAUAGAAUAAUGAUCGCUUUUGUGCCAUAAAUUGUAAUUUUGAGUAUUUUGUUUUGUAAACAUUCGUUAGUUGUUUUUUUUAUUAGAGACAUAGUAUGAUUGGUCACUUUACAAUUGAUAAUUCAUUCCUUUAAAAGUACCAAAAAUAUUUUUUCUGUUGUGAAUACAAUACAAAAUGAUUUACAACCAAGCCAAAAUGAAUUGAAUUAAAACAAAUCCUACUUUAGCAAUGCAUUCCAAUGAUAUUUUUUUUUUUUACAUUUUUGAAUGUAAGCUUGUCAGUGCCUAAAAAGAACUUUAUCUUAUCAUGUGUAGUGGGUUUUUUAAAGUUAAAAAUGUCAAUUCAUCAAUAUGUGCAUUUUAAAAAAUUGAGAGAGAUUAAUUAAAGAUGAGUUGACACCUCUCAUAAGGCCUAACCUAUUACAAAUUCACAACUAACCAGUACACAUUUUUUAAUAGUAUGCAAAAAUCAUCAUUCUUAUUUACUCUAAUAUUGUCCCACAUAGCCUAGAUUACAUUAUAAAACAUAUUACUGCACUUUGUUUUUUUCUAAAUAUUUAUUAUAACUUGUAUAUUACAUCAAAGUCAUGUAUUUACUCCUUCUCUGAACUGAUAAAAAUCAUUAGCAAGCAGUUAAAGGAAUGGUAUACAUAAGUACUCAUCUUUUUUUUGUCGUAUCUUUUAUUAGUAAUAAGCCUAAAUUACAUUCUUGAUUAUAAUAUUUUUCAGAGUUAAUUAGUUUGUUUCCAAAAGUUCUCUGAGGAAUCUGUAUAUUGAAUUUAAAAAUGUUUGACGUAGAUUUUAGUUGAAUUUUUGGGGCAAGUGUGGGUUAGUGAUGGCAAUGUAAAUUUCACAAUAGCUUGAGUCCAUUGCUAACAUGCUUGUAUAGAUUUACCUGCGACUUUUGUUAUUUACUUUCUGUGAUUUAUCAAGUGUAGUUGAUAGUCUCAUUCUAUAUUUAUUGCUGUGUUCAUAUCUAACUUUAUUUUCUCUCUUUUUUUUUUUAGAAUGUAAAAUUUUUUACAAUUGGUUAUACUUACUUCAAGUGCAUGUUUAAUUAUUUUUUUUGUAUGAAAACACAUUCACUGUUUUUAAAAAAAAUAAGUUAUGAAUCUUUCUAAUUCGAUGUCACUAGUGUUACUUUUUUUUUUCAAUAACCUAUUCAACAACUUGAGUUGUUGAAAUAGACUAAAGUUGUACUGUCGAGACCAUGACAUUGCAUGAAGUUAAAAAAAAACAACAGGGAAUUAAAAGAUCACAAAAAAAUAUAACUGCACCUCAUGUUCUCAGAUCUUUGUGUCAUAAUAAACUUUGGAUUCAUA